AUGUCGCUUCCAGCAGAGCCGAACACCGUCUCCGCCGUUGCGAGGCUCAUCGACCACAGUCUGCUGCACCCCACCAUGACCGAUGCAGAGGUGCAGCAUGGUCUUGAUAUUUCGCGGAAGUACCACGUCGCGACGGCGUGUAUCAAGCCAUAUUCCAUCCCACAAGCGAUGGAGACGCUCAAAGGGACAGGGGUGGGGAUCUGCGUCGUCAUCGGCUUUCCGCACGGGAACAGCACGACCACCGUCAAGGUCUUCGAGGCGACCGAAGCGAUGGACACACUCCAGACAUUCGUGCGCGCGGGCGGGGAGGCCGGUGGGCCAGGGCUUGCGGAGAUCGACAUGGUCGUGAACGUCGGCAAGGUCCUCUCAGGCGAGUGGGGCUACGUUGAGCACGAGAUCGCCGCGAUCGAUGCUGCCGUCGUUGCGCGCGGCGGGGGCGUGAAGGUUAUCUUCGAGAACGACUUCCUCCAACACUCACACAUCGCACACCUCGCAGAGAUCUGUGCGCGCGUCGGCGUCAAGUUCGUCAAGACGAGCACAGGCUUCGGGUUCGUCAAGGACGCAGGCGGAGGGUAUCAUUAUCGCGGCGCGCAGGUCGAGCAUAUCCAGACCAUGCGGGCGGGCGUGGGCGAGAAGGUGCAGAUCAAGGCAGCGGGCGGGAUCAGGACGCUUGAUCAGCUCCUGGCGGCGUAUCGUGCAGGCGCGACGAGGAUAGGCGCGACUGCGACAGAGGCCAUGCUCUCGGAGGCGCGGGCCCGGGGCUGGCCGGAGAAUUAG